AAUAAUAAUUUUUAUGAAGAAUCAAGUGUCAGUGUGACCAUAUAACAUAAGUUGUGUCUACAUUACAAAUUACAUUGUAAUCGUUCUUGUUCUUGUUCACUUGUCGUCUUCGGUGCCGUUGUCAUUGUAUUCGUGUUGUCAUCGUACAAAAUGUGUUCUGCGUUUGGCGUUCACUGUUGAUGACUUUUAAUAAAUUUAAGCACUCGUGAUUUGACUGAAUUUUUGUUGUUGUUAUUUCAUCGUUUUUCUUUUGUAUCUCAUAUCAAAAUACACUAUACACUUUUAAAACUUAGAUAUUUUAGCAAAGACAUUUAAAAAAACGUUGUAUAUUUUGAAAAUUAAAUAAAAAGCUCGUCAUUAAAAACAAAUGUUUAUACAUACAUAAAAUACAAUACAAUACAAUACACGUAUUACAAUCCAAUGUGUAACGAUUGUAAUGCAACAGCGUAUCCGGAGCAAAUUGAUCGAGAAAACAAUUUUUAAUUAAGCUGUGUUUUUAUGUGCAUAAUUCACAAGAAAUUAAAGAAUAAGAACAAAAAAAAAGUCAAAUAAAUAAAUUCAACGUUUGAAUCAUAAUCCAAGUGCUAAACUAUCGAAACAACAGCAGUUACACUGAAAAUAUCAACAUCAUCAAUUGAUGCAACAUUUUCAUUGGCCACCAGCUGCAGUUAUAUAAUUUAUGUUCAUCAAAUAUAUUCAUGUAUGGCAUAAGACAAAUGUUGAACAAUUUAAAAGAGAGCACCAGCACAUCGUUCUGACAGGCACAACAACGACGCAAAGCCGUUUAUUUGGGAUUCGUGUAUUUUGGCGAGAUUGAUUGACGUACAACGUACGAAAUAAGUUGGUUUCGUGAUUGUUCGGUAUCAAAAGCUCUCCUGUAUUAAGCAAACCAAACCAAACUGAACCGAGUGUUUGAUGCUUGUUUCUUGUAAAAGUCGACAUAUAUAGAAUCAUUGAUUGCGCGCUUGUGUAUCAGUGACUGUGGCUGUGUCUAUACUACUGUACACGUAUUAUUUUUGUAUGUGAGUGUUGUAAAGUCGUGAGAGUAUCGUGUGUAUUAUAAAACAAAGAACGAAUAAUAUCUGAGCGUGACAUUGCCGCUUACAAGCCACUAUGUGAUUAGAACCGAAAUCAAACUGGCAAUUGAAAUAGAAAGUGGCAUGAAUAAGUGUCCACGUUGUCAGCGCAUAGAAUUUCUUGGCGAAUUUAAAAUAAACUCGUUCAGAACGAAAAGUCUCGUUGGCUUUUCAUUCUGGCAGCGUCACAGUCGGAUACCGAUAAUUCUGCAACCACUGUCGACAAAAACGCAUUACGAUUGCAUUGUUGUUGCGUCAUAGUGCAAAUAACACCCGUUACAGGAUCAUCGACAACGGCUUCGGUAAAAGAUGUCGGUAGCAGUGGUAGUCGAAAAAAAGUUUGCAUAUGCAAUGCAGCAGCACCAUGCCGCAUUGAAGCGCUUCAACAGCAAUCAACCUACAGACCAAGUGCAUUGUUGAAGAAGCAACAACAUGGUUCUCUGGAUCGGCUACUACCGCUGGAAAAGGCGGCGCCUGAAGAUAAAACCAUGAAAAUGCAACAAAUCAGCGAACAAAAUUUCAGAUAUGAAAAAUUUUAUCAUGACUUCAAUGGAAAAUUAUAUGAAAUAAUCCGCAAAGUGCCAUUAACAGCUAAUGAUCAUGUUUCGGCUGCCACUGCACACGAUCAACAACAACAUGAAUUGAUUGAUCGCAAAAAAAAUUUGACACGACAAUUUUCACAACCACAACCAGAAAAACCUCAGCCACCACCACGAACAUCGUCUCGAUCAAAAAGCAGCGACAUUGACUACAUCAAUGCACCAAUUAAAAUCGAUGCCGGAAAUGAAACGCAAUUUGAUCGCACACAACGUCAGCGACAUUCAUCACGUUCGGUUGGCGGUUUCGAUCGCGAAUCAGAAUUUAGCGGUAAUAAAAAUGCCAUACACCAACGACAUUCGUCCGGACCAAGUGAAUUAAUAACGCAAAAAAGCGAUUCAACGGAUUGGAUAUUGAAUUUACCACACAAAGGUGAUAAAAAGCAAGAGAUUCGAAUAAGUGAAGCAUUGAAAAAUGAAUUGCUGCAAAUACUACAGCAAAAACGGCCAUUACAGCGCCAAGAUUCUGGACCAAAUGAUUAUGCACAAUUGCAAAAUAAUAUGGAAAACAUUAUCGAAUGGAUCAAAUCGCAACACACCGGUAAAAAUGUUCAAGUAUCAUCAUCGGCCAAAGAUGAGAAAAAUCUUAAGACUGCGAAAAACGAGCAAUAUGCCGUGCCGCGAAAACGCCAUUCAUUUGGGCACACCGAUCCAAAUAAGUGUGCUGGUGGUAAUCAAGCACCAGAUUGGUUGACGUACGCACCAACGGCAACAUCGGGUCGACCAGCCGACACCGACCGUAAUAGACUAGAUAUAGCAGCAAGUAGUAAUUUUGACAUAUCAAAUAAUUUUAAGUCGAUUAGAAAUGCUGAACAUCGCCACGAACGACCGAGACACCAUCGGCGGCUCCGCCAUUCAGCGAGUGAAGUAGUCACUCCAGCAUCCGAACAAAUGACAUCAAAAUACCAAUCUAAACGUGAAAAAUAUCAAUAUAUUUACAAAGCGCCUUCAACGAGCAUUGAUCAAAAUGCCGUCAGCGAACAACGAUCGAUAAAUAAAGAACGGCCACGCCGUAAUCAUACACAACGAUCGGCCACCGUAUCGGAUAUGUCGCAUCAACAUAAACAAUCGUCAGUUGAACGAGAAUCGUCGCACAGUUCAUCGAUAACCAAAUGCAUGGAUCCGAUGUGCACAUUGUUGCCAAUUUGCACAAAUCCCAAUUGUCGAUUGAACGAUUGCUACAACACCAGACGCUGUUCAUCUUUAACACGAUGCGCUGAACCAAAAUGCACAAGCGAAUGCUUUCAACUUCAAUCAUUCCCUGAAUGCAUGGAUACAAAGUGUGUGUGUCACCGAUCAAACAAUGCCUGUAAUUAUAAGCACAAUUCACUGCCAAAAUGUGUAAGUGCACAUCGUAACGAGCAUGAUUCAUCGUCAUUUCCUCGUGCACAUCGAUCGCGUAACGGUUCAAAUGGCGGAAAAUUGGUAAAAUCCGCAUCAGCCGCAUCAUUGAAUUCGCGUCGUCGACGCCAUAAGACUGUACAUUUUGGCGAGAAUCUAUUGCGCGAAGUGUGCCAAAAUCGUAAAUUGAUUGAACCAUUUCAAAAAACUCCGUCCGAGAAACCAUCAACAAUGCAAGACAACAUUCAAUUGCUGUAUAAUUUUGUUGAGGGUGUAUUAAGUGCAUGGGUCGACGAAGAUGAUGAAACUGUUCGAUCUGGUGCCGAAUCGGAACCGGAACGGGGACGCUUGCUAAAACCUCUCUAUUUAUGUGAUCGAAUUCGUUUGAAAACAAUAAGUCGCGUUGUACACGAAGCGGCUCAAUUAAGGGGAACACUUAAAUUAGGAAAUUCACGUUAUCGUCACAGACAUUGGCGCGGCACAGCCAAAAUCUGUAACGAACGAUUUUUGCGUAAGAUUUCUGAUGAUGAUCGUAUGAGCUUAACAACUGCUGUAUCCGAUGAAGAUGACGGCGAAAGUGUCAUGGCAUCACCAUACAAGGCAAAAGCAACAGGAACGGCAGCCGCUUCAUUUAAUUGUACCGGUGCUGUUCGAAAGGCUGGAUUCUUAUCUGUGAAAAAGUGGCUGUUACGUAAAAAGCAUCAAAUCGAAUUGGCACGUAAGCGAGGAUGGAAGGGCUAUUGGGUUUGUUUGAAAGGAACAACUUUAUUGUUUUAUCCAUGCGAUUCGCGAGAGGGUCGCACCGUCGAUUCAGCGCCAAAGCAUUUAAUUAUCGUCGAUGGCGCCAUUAUGCAACCGAUACCCGAACACCCAAAACGCGACUACAUAUUCUGUUUGAGCACCGCAUUUGGCGAUGCGUACCUAUUUCAGGCGCCAUGCCAGGUGGAAUUGGAGAAUUGGGUGAAUAGCAUUCAUAAUGCUUGUGCGGCUGCAUUCGCACGUCAUCGUGGAAAAACCGGAACACUUCAUUUGUUACAAGAGGAGAUCUAUCGUUUGGAGAAGGCCAUUGAAUCGGAUCACAAGCUGAAGAAUAUGGCCGAAUUGCAGCAAAGUGUUGUUACUGAUCAGGAUACUCGACACCAAAUACAAUCGCAAAUCCUUCAGUGGGAAGAGAAUUUGGAGCGUCUGCAUUGUGAGCAAUUCCGUUUACGGUGCUAUAUGGCAUCGCUACAAGGUGGCGAAUUGCCAAAUCCCAAGUCUUUGCUUACUCAUGUGUCUAGACCAACCAAAAAUACAUUAAAUAAAUUAGGCGUAUUUACUGUGUCAUCGUUCCAUGCAUUUAUUUGCGCACGUUCACCAUCGUUGUUGAACAACUUGCUGGCAGGACGUGGAGCAACAAAACGACGACCACCAUUACUAUCUCGAUCGAAUAGUGGAUCCAGCCGACGUUCCAUGCAGAUGAACUCCCGUGAUGAUCCUGAUAAAACAUACAAAGUUGCAUUACCCGACAAUAAUUAUGCAACAGUUUAUUUACGCGAUGGCAUGUCCGUUGAGGAGUUCUUGGCAAAUGCAUGUGCGCGCAAGAAUCUUAAUCCAAUGGAACAUUUUGUGCGAGUGAAGAAACGACGUGAUAUGGAAGAUCACAAUUACUUUGUUCCACAUCGAAACGAUUUAAUUGAAACCUAUUUGCAUACACAUGAAAUGGUUGAAGUUUGUGCCAAAAUUCUAUAUCAAGUUGAAUUACAACGAGGAAAAACGGAGCAUAUGUGGGGAUUCUCGGUGGAAGCCGAACUCAUUGAAAAUGCAGAUCGUCAAGAUGAAUUGUGUUGCUAUGUGAGCCGCGUCGAAGACAAAAGUGUUGCCAUGCAAAACGGUAUCAUCAAGGGUGACGAAAUCAUGGUAAUCAACGGUGCAAUUGUGUCUGAUUUGGAUAUGAUGUACAUUGAAAGUGUGCUACAAGAAGAAUUUGCUUUAUGCAUGAUGAUGAGAUCAUCACGCACUGAGCCCCCAGAUCUGGUUGGUAUAAUGCGUGUAACUGAUGACAUGAUUGAUUCACUUGUGUGCCCACCGCCACCAAGUGAACCACCCGCUAUGAGUGACGAGAUGAUCAAUGAAUUAAUCGUUCCGGCGCCCGGAUGGAGCAAGGACGUUUUUUCACCCGAAGUUGAAAGUUCACCAGCACCAUCAUCAACCGAACCACAAAACAUACCAAUCGGUGUUAAACAAACUAGUCGCACCAGCAGUUUUGAAAUUGAAAAUUUAUUGAAAACAGCUGAACAGGUCACUGGAUUUUGUCGAUCUCCACAAGAAACCCGGAAAUCUAGUCCAACCGGUUCGGUAACAUCAUCCGUAUCAAAUGUUAUGCUAACACCAUCACGUCAACUGACCGAUGCCGAAAAGUUGCGUAAAGUAAUUUUAGAAUUAGUGGAUACGGAACGAGCUUAUGUGAAGCAUUUGAAUAACUUGCUCGAACACUACUUGGAACCACUGAAGCGCGAAACAUUCCUAUCGCAUGCCGAAAUAGCAGCACUUUUUGGUAAUAUACAGGAAAUCGUCACAUUUCAACGUCAAUUUUUGCAAAACUUGGAAGAAGCUCUUGAUUUGGAGCCCGACUUCCAUAAAUUUGACCAUUCAAGCCAAUUCAAGAAUGUGCUGUUUUCCAUUGGAUCUGCAUUUUUGUACUAUGUCAACCAUUUCAAAUUGUAUUCAUCGUUCUGUGCAAGUCAUAGCAAGGCGCAAAAAGUUUUACAUCCGAAUGAAGGAAAUCAAGCGCUUCAAGAGUUCCUAAUUGCGCGUAAUCCAAAGCAACAACAUAGCAGCACACUAGAGUCAUAUUUAAUUAAACCAAUUCAAAGAAUCUUGAAAUAUCCAUUGCUACUGCAACAGUUAAGAAAUCUUACAGAUCCUCGUUGUGAAGAACAUACACAUUUAGUUGAGGCGUUGAAGGGAAUGGAAAAAGUGGCCGAACAUAUAAACGAAAUGCAACGAAUUCACGAAGAGUAUGGUGCCAUUUUCGAUCAUCUAUUCCGUCAACAUCAAAAAUCAUGUAAACAGCCGAUUGAUUUGAGUCCAGGUGAUCUCUUGUACUAUGGUGGUGUUGAAUGGUUGAAUAUAUCCGAUUUCUUGGGUAAAAUUAAGAAAGGUCUAGAGCUGCAUGCAAUGUGCUUCGUAUUUAAAUCGGCCGUUGUAUUUUUGUGCAAGGAACGACUGCGACAGAAGAAAAAAUUAAUGGCGGUUUCGAAUAAGAAUUCAACGAAUGAAGUGGAAAUUAUAAGAUAUCAGGUACUGAUACCGGUGACUGAGGUGCAAGUUCGUGCAUCAUCUGCAAAAGAUAUGGACUCACAUUUCCUGUGGGAAUUAAUUCAUUUGCGUUCCCAAUUGCAACGACGAUCCGAAAAAGUAUAUGUAUUAUCAAAUAGUACGGCCGAUUUUCGUAAUGCAUUCCUCAAAACGAUUCGCCAAAUUAUACGCGAAAGUGUUCGAAAUAUGUCAUUACCAAUGAGAGGCAUGGGCAGCGAUAAUUCAUUGACCGAUUUGCCGCCAAUUCAUCGUGGCUCAACGGGAAACUCACAAACUCUAGAAAGACCUAAACAACAAAUUCCAAUGAUGCAAGGCUCACAAACUUUGGGCAAAACAAAGAAAACUAAAAGUUCGCAACGACAUUCAGCUGGUAAUAUAGACUAUGACAAUAUACAAGGAAGUCAAGAAGGUGAAGAUGUUCCAAUUCAAGUGCACACAGGCUUUAGAGUGCGCAGCAAAACUGUUGGAGAUACUGCUGAUCCACCAAUUCGAAAGUAUGGCGAACAAGAAAAGGAUCCGGGCACAAAAUCAGAAGGCGAGGAAGACUCACAACAAGGAACGAUCAAAAAGAUACUUGGCCGAACUCCAAAUCAUUUAACACUGAGCACCACAUCAACAUUGUCUGUAGGAAGUACUGGUAGUCAAGCACGUUUAAUUCAAUCGUCACAUGCUCCAGCCACGUAUCAGCCGAUUUUAAUGAAAGAUUUAGGCAGUCCCAUUUGGAAAAUGCGAGGGGACAUUGGAGAUGCGGCACGAAAAGACGAAUCAAAGUAAAAUGAUGAGAACGAAGAGAGAGGAUGAAGGGAGAGAAGAAAAUUUCAAAAUGAAAUAGAGAGAAAGAGAAAAAAAACAUAAACUCGAAAACGUUUCGUUUUUUUUCUAUUCAUCGAUUUGUGACAAAAACAAAUGAACAUUUUCCUUAAAUGAACUCAAACCCAAUGAAUAUUAAAAUGGUUGAAAAUCGUAUUGCAAUUAUGAAUUACAUGUUACGAGUAAAAUAAAUGAAAAUUUGGAGAAAAAAAUACAACAUACACACCACACAAACAAAUAUAAGUAAAAUCACGGACACACAAUAGUGAGAAUAAAAAAAAAUCUAUUUAAAAUUGUAAACUCAAACGAUUAAUCGAAAUAGAGUCAGGUGAUGGUAAUCAAAACAAAAGGAGACGAAGAUAAAAAAGAAAAUAAGUGAAUUAAAUGCAAACACAGAAAAAUUACUCGUUAAAAAAUUUAGUAUUUAAUAGAUUUUUAAAAAAGGGGAAUGGAAUGAGAUGAAGAAAAAAACCAUAGAAAUGAAAUAUCGAUUUAAAUAUUAAAUUUACAUAGUUAUAAAUAGUAAGAAAUGAAAUAAAAUGGUAUUCACGCUCGCAUAAUAUGAUACGGUGAUUCAUCAGCGAGAUAAAAUUCAAAAAAGAGACAGAAUUAGCGUCGCAUUGCGCUAUUGCACGCACACCAACACGUGAAUCGAUACCAUUCGGCGGUUUUUGCAAAUGUAUUUUAUGCGCAGAUUACUCUGUAAAAUAGAAGGGAUUAAACAUUAAUCAUUUGGGAUUUUUUAUCAAAAUAAUCCAAAAGGAAUAAAUGUUGGCACUGUAGGAUUAAAUUUAAAUACUUACGAAAAGUAGCUAUAAUAAGAGCACGAUGACAUCCCGCACAACACCCAGGGCUUACGGCCGAGAUUUUCGUACUUGAUCUCGGAUAGAACGCGAUGUUCCUUGUAUUGGUUGUUGAUUCUGAAAAUAAUGAUUAUAAUAACAUAACUUAAUGUGAACUUCAAGUUAAACAUAGUUAGUGUGCAUUUUGAAUAUUCCAUAAUGAAAUUUCAUGUUUAAGUCCUAUGUUUGAAUUGUUUAACAAAUAACAAAUUCAUUACUUAUUGUUCAUAUUGAGAAAUCGAUUCAAUCAAAUGCACAAACCAUUGUAGAGUAUAUUGCGGCCGGCGUUUGUAUCACGAUUCUAUGUGAUAGUCUGACCAAUUCUCCGUUUUAUUCGUAGCGUCGGAAUUUUGAUGCCAUACGUGGUCCAGGACAAGGUCGAUGUUUUCGUUGUUUCGUCAAAAGACGAUUACUCUUUCGUGAGUCGAUGGUUGACUUUCUUAUCGCAAUAGUUCGCAUCCACGGCAAGUAAAGUAUCGAUAUUUCAUCUUCACACGAUCACCUUUCUUUGAAAAUUCCAAGUCUUCUAAACACAGCGAGCAUAUCUUUGUUGUUCGAAAUUCAUCCACUUUGACCACUGUACAGUUGCGCCGACACUUCAUUUCGACCGAAUAUAACCUAUUUUUUUAAAUAAAAUCACAAAUAAUAUUUGGAAAACUCAAUAUAAUGGUGUUAUAAAUUCAAUCAUAAAUAAAUAAAUAACCUUUUGCUUCUGAGUCGGCAGCAAUGAAAUUUUCACCCACAAUUACGAAUGUUUCUUUGCCAUCGAUCAACCAGUCUGCCAACUUAUCGAGUGUCUUAUUCGUAUCGAUGUACUGUAGAAAAUCUUGAAGUGCAUAUUCGUACUGCGUUUAUGCUUCCAACUUCUCAUUGGAAUGCCAUAAAAUAUGAUCGACAUAUCUAUCAAUGUUAUCUGAAUGUGGACCUGGUUGCUCAUCAAAGGAUUCUCGGUGAAUACGCAUUUUUUCGUCGAUGUUGAAAGUCAAAUUUUUUGCGCCAUUUAUUUCGCUUGCGAUAGCCGAUCAUGUGAUUAUAUUGACCCGAUGUCAAUCGAACGAGUUUUUCGCGGCAAUUUUCCUUGUUCGGAUCAUUGUAAUUGGUCACACAAACACCGCCAAUCACCAGCCGAAGACCUGGAUCGAGACCAUACGCUUGUUGCGCUUUCAAUAAUUUUUGUUGUGUCUAUCGCAUGGUUUCAUUUUCGUCUUUGACAACAACGAAUUUUGUGCGUUCCAUCAAAAAUGGCAUGGCCACUCCAUCCGUUUGAAUUUUCGAACUUUAUAGUGGCAUGAUUGUCAUUUUGCGGUGUUCUUUCGAUGGCAUCAAUGUCAAAAUACGUUCACCAAAGCACGUCCCAAUCAGCGGCUUUUAAUUCAGUAUACUACUUUGGUGUUCCAUCACGUCUAAUGAGCCAUGGAUGUGGACAUUCGAUCGCUCUCAGCAUGAAAUAAAGACCUUGCUUAUCGAUGCGAAUGUGAAAUUCGCCAGCCAUCGUCAUCGUACAAAAAUAUGCUCGACCAUCUCCGAAACGAAUUGGAUGCAAUUCAAUUUUUAGUAUUUCAGCUACAUACGGAUCUGGUACGCGCUCUGAUUUCUUUUUGAAUAGAUAUUCCAUGGUUUCGUUGAUCUGUUUUUGAUGAAUUUAUAGGUUCCCGGUAUUUUAAAAAUGGGCCUCUAAAAAUUCAUCAAAAUAUACAAUCACCGAUUCAUGUGAUCGAACGGGUUUACAAUAAACAAACUAUUAAUGCGUUCAUUCACUCUUGCAUAAAUAUAGUUUCACAAGUCUUCGAUGCAAACGAACCAAAAACUUUCUUCACUUUGUUUUCACUAGCUAUGAAACAUUUUAUCAGAAAUCUAAUAAAUAGCACAGAAGCGAUGGAAAAAAGGAUUUUAUUGAAAAUCAUCUUUUAAUAAACAAACCAAUCGAAAUUCCAACAGAAACAAAAAAAGUUUUUUCGAUAACGAUGCACGCGUUUUACACAACAAACAUAAGACCGUGAAAGGUUAUCUUUCUAAUCGAAAGACAAUGAGAGGAGUUUGAAGUUUCAUGUAAAUGUCAAUACAAUAUGAAACCGUGUUCCACCAGAAUGAUUAUUCAUGGAAUAUUCAAACAAUUAAUACAAUUUAUUUACAUUAAAAAAAUAAAUACAAAAAAUCUUUCUAGCACCUUCUUAUUUCAUUUUAAUCCAUUUGGAUUUUUUAUUAAAUAAAUCCGAAAGGAUUAUAUUUUAAUCCCAUCGAAAUUACAGUGUAUCAUCAUAUAUGGAAAUUCAAUACAUUUUGCUCGAUUGAAAAUGAAUUAAGUGGAGUUAAAACAAACAUACAUUCACUCGCACACACUUACACUCAUUCACAUUCAGAAAAAAUAUGAUGUAAGAUGAAAACAACAAAACGAAAAUUAAACUAUAUGUAUAACAAAAUUUAGCAAACAUUCAUUACACGGAGAACGACAGACAAAGAGACACACAGAGAGAGCAACUCUGCAUUUAAUUGAAAUAGAUUAAAUAUGUGGCAUUACUCUCUUUGUUUAAACCAAUUCACCGAUCACCAAACAACAACAACAUGUUAAAUUUUUACCCCUUAGGAGAGUGUUAAACGAUUUAUUGUUGAAUAUCUGAUUGAAUUCAAACUUUUGUUUUUCACAUUUUUGUCGAAUCAACAUUUUAAAUAAAUAUGAAAAUAUAUAAUUGAAUUAAUUUUAUAAAAAAAUAGAUCUUCCAAAAAACUAGUAAUUAAUUGGAGAAGAGAAAAAGAAAAUAACAACAACACACAAAAUAUGUAAAAGGACAUAAGCAACCUAGAGACAAAUACAUGAAUUACAUGUAAAAAUGAAAAUAAACACAAAACAAUUGUUUCGUUCAUAUUUCGUUUGCAUUUCGUUUCUUUUUUAUGGCCACGCAUGUUGGACAUUAGUUACAAAAACAUUUAAUUCUAUUUACAUUUCAUAUUCACACCAACACAAAACAUACGAACUACGUAUUUAAAACAAACAAACAAACAAAAUGAAACAAAUGUAAAACUUUUAUAUUUUGCUCACUUUUUUUAACGAAUAAAUGAAGAAGAAAACAAAAAAUUUAAUAAAAUAAAAGGAUACCAAAUAAAAACAAACAAACGAAAAAAAAAAAAUUGUUGUGGUGAACCAAAAUGACGUCGAGUGAUGCAUCGACAUUGCCAUUUUUGUUACGUAAAUAUGCAAUCAAUGCUAAUUGGGUAUAUUGAAAUAUCAUCGAAUGCAUAAAAUGCGAAGCAAAAAAUAAAAAUGCCCACACAUACACCGCUAGACACACACAAAACAAUUAUAAAUAAUAAAACUCGAAUAGUUGAUAUAAUUGCGGAUUUACGUUCAAACAAAAUGCCAAUGUCAACCACAUCGUCAACGCAAAAAAUAAAUAUAUAUAAAAAAAAGUGUGACUAAUUUAAUAACAAAUGAAGGGAACGACUAUCUAAAACCAUUAUUCAAUAAUUAUUUAUUGUAGUAAAAUUAAGAAUGUCGAUGAGUCUCAUUUGGAAACCUAGUAGAAUUAUAAAUCGAAAAUAAAUGCAUAUAAAUCAUGAUAUUCUUUUCACUCAUUCACACAAGUUCAUACACGUUAGAUUUAUUGUUAAAGGAUCUAGUUUAAAAAAAAGAAGAAAAAUUUAAAAACAAAUACAGAACAAGGAAAGCAAACAAACAAAAUAUGAUAAAAGAGCCUGUAAUAAUCUAUUGAUCAAAUGAAUUGUUCGCGUGCAAUUUAAAUAAAAUAUAUAGAGCAUGGAAAUACUAUUUCAAUGUGUCAUUAUUUAGUUGACAGAAUAUAAAUUUAUAUUAAAAACACAUUAUAUGUGCACAUUUCAAAUAAAACACACACAUACCAUACAGAACUCAACGAUUUGGGUUUUUUUUAAAGAAGGAACAAAAAAAAAACUAAUUACGUGAUUUCACACAAUUUAACAAAAUUUAAUUCCUGUUCUGUCAUCCCCAUUAAUUAAUUUAUCUCUCUCAUUUCAUUUUUCGGGUAAAAUCGAUGUGUGAACCACCAAAUUAUUAUCAAAUCAACCACCACACCAUUGUUAUCAAAUGAAUGAUGCCAAAAUAUGUUCACAGAAACGGAACAAUUUUUGAAUGUAGUUAUUUUAUUUCGAUGUUUUUGAACAAAAAAAAAAUGGAAUUGAUGCACACAAAAAUCAGGCAAUCAAUCACAAUUUUAGUAAUUGGUUUGAUUUUUAGUUGUUCUCCUUUUUUUCUAUUCGAAGCGUUUUCCACUUACCAUUCUUUUCUUCCUUCAAAAUUCACACUAUUUUUUUUAAUCGGUUAUAGCGUGAACACAAACUAUACCAUCAUAGACGCACACCUCAAUGCUUAAGCAUAUGGCGUUGUUUGUGUCUCUGGUUAUUUCAUUUGUGAAAAAUUAUAAUUCACUAGGCCACGAAUUUCCAGAAAUAGGUAGCUAACUAGGCGAAUGCAGUCGAAUUUAUGAUGAAGUAUCAAAUUUUGUAUUUGAUUUCAUAUUUUUCAUACUUGUAACUUGAUCGCCAUGGCGUUCGAAUUCAAAGUAUACAUCCAGGUAUUCUUUUUUUUGUUUUCAUUUCGUGCAAUCUAUGUAUGCGGAUUGCAAAUACAAUGAAAUUGGCUUCAAGUGGCCAAAUUUAAAAUUCAGUUUAAAUAUACACUUCCAUUUAUUGAAUCAUUUUCUGAAUUUGUUUCAACUAAACAUGGUCCUUUCAGUAUUUAUACAAAAAAAAAAGUAAGAUAAGAAAAUAUCCAUGCAAUCCAAUCAUCAAAUUUAAAUGCAUUCGGUGGCAACAAAAAUUCACACAAUCUCACAAAUACCAAACAAAAAAUGAUAAGAAAAACGAGAUAAAAUCAAAUUCCAUGUUUCACAUAGAAUUACCGUAGUUUGUGUAGCGAUUUAACUCUUUACGACGGCCAAAACAAAUUAGACAUUAAAAAAAUAACCCACAGAAAAAAAUCAAUAAUAUCAACAAAAAAAAUCAACAUAAAAAAAUAAAAUUUGCUAAAAAAACAUUGGCCUCUACUCUAAUCAAUCAAUUCCAUUUUCUUUGAGAGAUAAACACUACAUUUAAAUUUAAACGAACCAUAAUAAAUUAGCAAACCAAAAAAAAAAAAUUAAAAAAAUUUGCAACGUACCAGUUUUUAAUAAAAACUUUUUAUCUUAACACAAACAAAAAUGUAAACUGCACAUGUUCUUCCUAAUUUUUCCAUGCAAGUGAAAAAUACAAAGUUAAUCGUCAUGUUUGCAAGCAGUAUGAACUAAAUAAUACAAGAAACAAUUGCAUUUACUUCAAUCAAACAAACAAACAAACAAACAAAAAGGAGUAAUGUUUCCAAAAUAAAUGUGCGUAUGUGUGAUUAUGUGUGAAAACAAAAUAAAUUAAAAUAAUGUUCGAAUGACAGGUAACAAUACCAAAUAUACAUUUAUAAAUGUUGUAUUUUAGAAAUUUGUUUUACUUUCUUGGUGUGUGCAUGUAUGAGUGUGCAAUUCAAAUAAAUCGAUGAUCGAAUGAAUGAGCGCAUUGAAUGGACUAAACCAAAGAAAACUUCACCAUAACAAAUUUAUAAUAUUAAUGAAAAAUGUUGAAUGUUGAUCACAUUCGAGUGCUAGACUUAUUAUAAUUCAUUUAUGAAUUUUGCAUAUUAAAAUGAAUGUGAAUGAAAUGAAUGCUCACGAUAAUCUCAAGUGAUUACCACUCAAUCAAAAGGCAAAUGAAAAAUAUCGAAUACUUUCGUUACAAUGGCUAUUAAUUCGAAUGAUAGUCAAACGAAAGACCAUUUUUUCAAUGUCCAUAAUUCUGUUUCUUUUUAUUUCUAAAUUACUCGUCAUUCCAACGAAGUUAAAGCAAACGAAUUUAACGACCAAACAGCAUGAAAAUGGCACAGAAAGUCUAUCGAAUUCAUUCACAAUUCUUGACACAUAUAAGGAUAUAUCCGUAUUUGCCAACAUUCCGAUUAAAUCGACUCUGAUUUUAAUUAAAACACAACAAAUUUGUUUUUAAAUUUAAUUUUGGUUUUGUUCGAGUUCAAUAUGUCUCUCGUUAAAUAUAUCCUCACUUUGGUGUAGUAAAACUUUUAGAUAGAUUGCAAAAAUUCCUUGCGAAACGAAUGCGAGAAAAAAGUAAAUCAGAAUACACCUAAUUAACAAGAAAAUGAAAUAACAUCCAAUAUUGAUACACCGUUCAACUCAGUAUACGACACAGUCGUGUGACAUUUAUCAACAUAAUUAUAAUGCAUUCAAAUUUGCACCAUGAUGAAAAAUUUGGAAAACAAAUGAAACAAACACACACAUAAAUUUAUGUAGUCACAAAAGUUUAAAAAGGAAUAAUGAAAAUAAAUGGUUUGAAAAAGUUGGUAUGAUGUGAUCAAGUUUUACAAUUUUUUCUUUUGUGGGUACGAGCAUAAUUUCAUGAUAAUAUUACAUCUUCGAAUGAAUUUACGUAACAAAUUCACCGAAUGACCGUCAAUUUCUGUUCAAAUAUUAUUGACCCACACAAAGAAACAAAUCGGACAACCGCACAUUUACAGUAAUUAGCAACGGAUGCACAAACCAUGUUCCAAGUAUGAACCACAUUCUUUGCCGUACACAUUUUUCUAUACACACCACGUUUAGAGCAUCGAACUGAACAUAAAAAACUUUUUGUUUAAAUUUUUAAAUGACAUCCGUAUAUUUAUUAUGAAAAUCGGUGAGCAAUAAUAUUAAACAAUAUACAAAUUUUUGUGCACGUUAAUGCAUAGCCAUUGUGUGCUGUCUCAACCGUUUUUUGACUUCAAGUGCCAACAAAGCGUAUUUUCAAAUUUAAACAAUUUUUCGGUGCGUGUGUUUAAAAAAAAAAAGGUGACAAACAAAUGGAUUAUGUGAGACGAUGAAAUGAAAUGACUUUGGUAAUUGACGGCAAUGUAUUGCGUUUAAACAUAAUUUCAAAAUAAAACUCGAAUAAUAAUUAGUUAACGAAGCCACAACAUAUAAGAUACAGGACAUUGCAAAUCGAAAGGGCAAUGAAUCUAUGACGUUUAUUCAAAAUUAAAUCGCAUAAAUAAAAAUGCAUUCCAAACAAAAAUAAAAACGGACGACAGAGAGAUAGACGCAUAUAGUUUCAGCUGUCAUCCAUACAAAUGGUUUCUGCAACUAUCGCCCUCAUAUUUCUUUUUCCAUGAGAUACACAAAUUACUAGAGAACAAAAAAUGAACAGAAAUAACAAAAUGCACUAGCUCAAAAACCAUAGAUUUUAUAUUUAUUACCAAAAAAAGAGAACGAAAACAACAACAAAAAUAACAUUAACAAAAAAAAA